CACGGAGCUGAGAGAGAGAGCCAGUUGGCUCACGUCCGUUCACGAGAGCGGACGUGUUUUGAUCAUUUUGGGCUUUUUCAUUUUUUUUCUCUGGGGAGUUUUAGACAAAAAUAAGUUUCGUCGACUAAAAAAACACGAAGUUCAGUGCGAUUCCCGGAAAAUUAAUUGAAAUUAAUUUUGACAACUAGUGCGAGUUUUCGUUCAUAGAAAAAUGAUGAUGAUUGAUCAGCUUAAAAAUAAAAGUUACGAGCCGCAGUCGUCAGCUCAAAAUAACCAUUGAAAGUUGGAAAUGACAAGAAGAGCUGAUCAGCAGAAGAAGGACCAGAAAGAAAAACCACAGACGACGGUGAUCGGGAAAGCAACGAGGGACAAUGCGACAAGUGAAAAUGCUGAGGACAGGCAAUCAGGCAUCCUUUCUCCAAUGGAUAUAAGUCCGUGGCAGUCGUACAUUCAUCCAUCAUUCGAGUUUUCGAGCUCAACUUCAACGCAGUGUCUUACCGGAUAACAAGAUACAAACGUAAAUCAACAACUUUUUGCAAAUAUGAAACACGCCACAUUCAAAAUUUUAGUUCUUGUUCUACUGACUCAAUUAGCUGUGGCAGUCGUCGGGCUCGAUGACGACAAUUUGGCGAAAGAAUAUGGCGCGAAGAUUCAAAAAGAUAAAAACAGCAACUCGAUGAGUGCCUUUGGAAGUGGUCAGACAGAGGAGUUUGACGAACUUAACCCCAACGGACGCUACAGUGAAUUCUGGCCAAUGAGAUGGCCCAACAAGCCAAAUCAACCGAAAUCAAAUCACAAAACAAAUCACAAAUCUAAGCCACAUUUUCCUAUUCCAGCUCACAGUUAUUUCGCUCCGAUUAUUUACAACCAUGCAUCAGCAUUCAAACCUUAUGUUCCACUUUACGUUCCUAAGAAGACUCCCAGUUACGACCGCCCUACUUCCGUCUCUCCUGCAGCUUACUACACCGAAUCACUGAUUUACGGUUACACACCGCCAUCUUAUCCAUCACCGACUUUUUCACCUUCGCCUUACUUUCCUACGGAGAACAUGGAUUCCACCAUCGACCCAUCAUCACGGCCUCAAUACCCGUCGAUAUUCUACAAUGAUUUAAAAAAAGAGCCGGAAUCAUCACACAAUAAUGUCGGCGCAGAAUUUGUUAAUGAAGAUAACGAUUUUCCCAAGUUUGACGAUUUCUUAAAACAGAGUUUGAGUUUUCAGCACUUCAGACCUUGAUCCAGUUUGAGAGAGAUUUCAGGUAAAAUUCUGUGUUAAUCAAUAAGAUAGUUUAUAGUUUUACCGCUGACACCCAUCGCAAUGUCGUUAAUAAUCGAAUGGCAGGCCUAUUCUACUACAACGAAAAUGUACAAUGACAAAAUCAAAAUAAAUAUUACCCCGUGUUGACCCUUAAAAUAACCAUGCAUAACAUUUAAAAAAAAGAAAGAAAAAUAAUAUAAGUAUUAGGAUAUGUUGUUAUUAUCGGUAAAUCUGGAAUACCGUUAAAGGCAAUAUAAGCAUCCGUGCCCGAUCCUUGCUAUCUACAUCCACCGUACUGAUGCUAUGUACGUAUAAGGGCCUAUAAGUAAUAUUACGCCAGCAAAAUCUCAUCUACACCCCCAGCAUUUUCUCUUUUUUGCGCCGCCCAUGCCUGUGUCGAUGUGCUGCAAAGACCGGGCGUGGGCUGGCAGGUACAGCAAGGGUGGACGGC